GUGAUCUCUGGAUCCGCAUCUGCCCUCGAGCAUCACGCAGACACGGAGGAGGCGGGAACCUCCAUCUGCCCUGCUCGGUGACCGACCCGUCAUCCGCGGGCUCGGCCGGAUCCUCGCGGCGGCCGCUCCUCUUCUGUCCUGCCGCGGAUGCGGAAGAAAAAAGGAGGAGGGGGGGGGGGGACCGAACGGGACCCGCGCACCGGAGGGUAAAAAGGGCUAAUUUGACAUGGAACGGAUCUCCAGUCUAAAAAUAGGCUAUGCCCCGGACUGCAGCACCACCACCCGCGCCACCUGCCCCCCUUGGUACCGGCAAGUCACGGAGGGAAGGUCAGUGAGAGGCAGCAGCAGCAGCAGCAGAUCCUCUGCAACCUCCUCUCCUCCGUCUCUGCGAUGCUCUCCCCACUUCCAUAUGUUGGAAAACACACUCGUCUUAUUUUAGCAGCACUGCCUUCCUCCUCCUCCUCCUCUUCCUCCUCCUCCUUCUCCUUCUCCCCUGCCCUCCUCUCUUUCUGAGUUUUUUUGUCAAACACGCUGGAAGAUGAAGCGUGGGUCGAGUGUGCUGCAGCCUCCCUCGGAUGCAGCCAAACGCCGCUCACACCCCGCCGGCGCGCACGCCAAGACGCGCACCACCGACGCUGCUCGCGCCCCGAGUGAGAGCGCGCUGGGCACAUGCGCCGCCGGUUCAAGUCCCUUCCCAGCAGCCACCUCUCUGUUCAGCCCUGAUGUCAGCACCAAGAUGGCGUCUGACCUCCUCAUCAGGCUGUCAGAAGCCACCCAGAAAACGUGCCUGUUUCCUGGAAGCGGCGAGGAUCCGGGGCAGCAGGAAGAGCCGGGCGUGGCCUUGUCCCCGGACGGGCCCGGCGCCAGUCCGGAACCGCCGUCCCUCACCCAUACUCCUGACAGCAGCACGGCAGCCGACACGCUGGCGUCGGAUCUGCUCAGGAAGUUGGCAGAGCGGCAGGAGGUCAGCAGCCAUGUGUUACGGGUCAAAGAGGAAGAGGAGCCCAUGGAGAUCGGCACCAUGGCUGAAAACCAACAGAUUAAAGAGGACAUUCCUGAUUCCACGUUAAGGACGGAAUGCCAGCAUCUCUUCACCGUUAAAACCGAGGAGGACGGUCUCCCUGGAAACGGACUGGCUGAUCAGUGCCUCCUUGGAUCUAGAAUGUCAGGUCAGUACCUCCUCGGACUGCAGACGGAGGACAGGCUCUGUGGUGGAAGCUUCCAGACGGGUUCAAAGUCCCAGCUCGAUGUCUCCAAGGCUAACAAGAGUCAUGUACGAAUGAAAGUGGAGGAUUGUAGCGUCUUUGGAGCCAGAAUGGAUUCCCACCUUCCGUCUGGAGCCAGCAUGGAGGAGCAGCUUUCUGUCAAAGCAACAGUUGCAGAGAGGCCUGUAUCAGGUCCAAAGACCGGCAACAAGUUUCUGCAUGGAGCCAAGAUGGCCGCCCAGCUUUUCUCUGUGGCGCCAACGGACGAGCAGCUUCUUUUUGGGGCAAAGAUGGAGGACCAAUGCCUCCGAGCCGUCCUGUGGCAAGACAUGUCGGUGAACCUGGCCUCCACCCUGCUGCACCAGCUCUCAGAGAGAGUCGGUAAGUCCAGCAGCCAGCAGGUGGGGAGGAUGACUCCGCCUACUAGAAACAGUGCCGCUCUGAAGGUGACCAUGGAGCACUUCUACCCUCUCAAACCUUUGACUUCCAAGGACACUCCACCUGAAACCCGGACCAGGCCCAGCAGAGAUCCAACCAUGGGCUGCUCUUACUUCUUCAGGUGUCACAUGUGUGGCUUUGAAACAGAGGACCACGCCCUUUUCCAGAGUCACCUGACAGAGCAUCGCCAGUGGGAGCAGAGCUGCUUCUCGCUGCACUGCUGCGUCUGCGGCCACUCCACCAAUCAGGAGGCAGAGAUGAGGGGUCACAUGGAAACGCACCUACAGGGAGACGCAGGGGACGCCCGAUCCGGUGUUGCCCUUCCCGCCCCCUCCAGCAGUGCCCUGGCAGUUGCCGUGGCAACCCAGGCGGAAAAGACCAGCUCAGAACAUUGCUGCCGCAUCUGCCAGAGGUCGUUUCCAGGGCAACAGGAGCUGCAGGUUCACUUCCAGGGUCAUCGUCAAGGCAACCAGUACCGGUGCGACCGCUGCGGUCACCUGACACGGACAGCCAACAAGCUGGUGGAGCACGUGCGCGUGCACACGGGGGAGCGCCCCUUCACCUGCCAGCUGUGCCCCUACAGCGCCAAGCGGCGGGACAGUCUGCGGCUGCACUGCAAGGUGAAGCAUGGCAUGCACGGGAACGCCGCCGACGCGCCCGGCGACGUGCACACUCACCGCUCCUACGCACACACAGACAGCCAGCGCUCCAACAAACACGUGCAGCGGCUGCACACGCCGUCCAGCGCACACACUGCCUCCUCCUCCUCCUCUUCCUCUCCUCUGCAGCCGGCGCUCUCUGACCGCACAGGAUGGAGGGAUUUAUCUCCUCUCCUCCCCAUCACCACCCUCAUCUCCCUGAAAGCUCGCUCUCCUUCAUCCUCCUCCUCCUCGUUCUCCAGCAAACACUCCUUCCUCAGUUACCUCGGCCUGACAGCUUCGUCAUGAACGCUGCUCCUCUUCCUCUCCAUCCGUCCUCGGGACAGUGAGAGGGAUGGAAGGGCUUGAUCUGCUGCCAAAAAGCUCCGAAGAGGUCAAAGACCAGCAGGUCUGCUGCAAUGAGCUGCAGGUCAUCUGCAGGUCAUCAGCAGAUCAUCUAGAGGUCAUCUAGAGGUCGUCUGCAGGUCAUCUAGAGGUCAUCUGUUCCAAAAGGAGCUUUUUCUCUUCAUUCACCGUUUCCUACGCUCUCCCUGCCGUCCGCUUUAGUUCCACCCACAUCUCUGACCACACGUUUUCCGCCUUUCCUUCGUCCGGCACUGAGAAAAGACCGAAAAGCUUCACAGGGAAGACAGUUUGGGCCAAAGGAGGUCAGUGACUUUAGAACCUCCUUCAGAAGGAGAGGUCCUCCUGGAGGAGGGGGCGGGGCCUGCACCUCCCUUCAGAAGCUUCAUCUUUCAGCCUCAUCGGAGGAAGAGGCUCACAGUUUCUGACUGAAGACUCUCCAGCGCUUCAACAUCAGUUCAGAAACUGAUGCUAGAAACCUCUAGCUUUAAUCAGAGCCUUUUCAAAAUAAGAGCACCUCUCAGGUUCAUGUUUGCAGAAAAAACAACAUUUUAUUUCCACUGCAAUUACUUUAAUUCAUUUCUGAGGAAGGUUAAUAUUCAACCAUUGAUUCCAAGUCAACAAAAGUGAUGAUUUGAUCUCAUGAAGACUUUUAAAGAGCCUUAUGCAUGUUUUGAAUUAAAAUCUUAGCUUAGUUUGUGAAAUGAAUGUGAUAAAAGAAUCAAAAGAAAUCAAAUUGUUUGAUUUGCAAAGAAUGUAUUUGUAUAAUGAAACAGUAAAAAAGGAUUUGAUUCAAUAAGUUAUUUAAAAACCAAACAAUUUGAUUCUUUUUUUACUCAAUGAGGAUCAAACUCAAUUCACAGAAUCUGUAACGAACAGCUUUAAAUGUUCAUAAAAGCUUUCGUCUUUAGGUUAAAGUCUCGCUAAACUCGAAAGAAAUGCGUUUUAUAAAUGCUGCUGCCUGAGCUGUUCAGAAAAACCUCAACAGAAACGACAAAUGCAGACUAAAACAACCUGAAGAGGAAGUUAAAUGACAUUUACUGACAUCAGUUCACUGCUGACGACAACAGGAAACAGACCAUAUUUGGUCAUACAUUCCUCUGCUCCUGUUUGUUAGUUAUCAUAUUUGUACUAAAAUACAUUUUACUGUGGAGCUUCAAAGAGCUCAUGCUAGCUUACGUCAGCAUAGAGAGCUGCAAACCUUUUUGUUUGCAUCCAGCAGGGAAGCCCCGCCCACAUGGAAGCCCCGCCCACUGAAGGAAACACCUGAUGUAUAAAAACACAAUUAUCUGCGGGACGACUCACUUUAAGGGAUUUAGUCUUCGUUAACACUCGAUCAAAGUCUGAAAACGACUUUAAAUUAAAAGUUAUGAAUUUAUUUAGUCAAAUGUGAACUUGAGAGUUGCUCUUGAUGUUACUUUAGUUUCACUUCUCUCUUCAAUCAUCAGCUGCUUCUUCAUAAUUUAAGGUUUUUUUUGGAUGGCAUUUGUGUUGUGUAUUACUAAACAAUGUAUUUGUGUUUACAUAAUGACACAGACCUCCUAUAGGAGGCUCAAGUGUGUUAAAGUUGCACUACAAUGUAGUUUUCCUGACAAAAACUGGAACCACUUUAAGCCAUUUUUGUACCACUGAGGGAGAAUCUGAAACUUGGGUUCCUUUGGUCCAGAUUAACCAGAUUAUGCCAUCUAACAUCUCUGUGUUGAACGCACCUAAUCCACGUCAAAGGCGUGGAUUAACUAACAUGUUAUCAAUAUGUAUUUAAUCAUAGUAUAAGACUUAAACUAGAGGACUUGUGCAUUUUUGCAUGUUUUUUCUGUGAAUUUAGAGGAAAAAAAGCAAAAACUCUGUUACUUUCACACAAACGUGGAGCAGGAACUUGAAAGAAAUCAAUCAUUUAUUUAAAAAAAAAAAAAAGGGCACUGGACACAAAGAAGAGAAGCUACAGUUAGUGAUCAUGGGGAGCUUUAUUUACAGGUUUUUAAGGGAAAUGUAAAUAACAGGAGAAUGGGACGACUUGCUCUUUCCUUAAAUCACUUUAAACCGGAGUGUGGGAACAUUUUCAGAUAGUUUGUCUCAUUUAAGGUAAAAAAAAGAGGAAUAAUUACACUUUUUAUCCAGGCAACACAGAUUAAGAGAAGAAAUUUCAACUUUCAACUGUGGCCUGGCAAAAGUAAAGACUAAAUAAAUAAAACUGAAGUAUUCUGGUUGUAAAACAGCCAAAAAUUGUGAAAUAAUUGGUGAGAAUUGAUGAAGUUUGUCAGCUGAGCUAAAUGAUGCAAAAGCAUCGAAGCAGAGAACGUUCUACAGUCUUCUACAAUCUCUGAAUUCAGUCCGUGAAAAAAACAAUCGUCUUUAUUUGUUCCUCUGUGUUCCAUCGGCUGCAGAAUUUCUAGGAUAGAUCUAAGGAAAGCUACGGAGCCCCUAAAGGGCCAUUGAUAAAAAAAAAAAAA